AUGGCCAAGCAACGUCUGCAUCUGGCGCUGCUGCUGCUGCUGCUGCUGCUACCGUUGCGCAGCGUCGCGUACAAGGACGGAGAGUACUGCAACAUCUGCAAGGAGCACGUGGCGUGCGGCAACGUGGACGAGCUGCACGGCAGCUGCGUCCGAUACGAGAACGUGAGCCUGGCGCCGCUCACCCGCUACCGGGACGCGAUACUGCACCGGGUGAACGAUUUGCGGCACACGUUCGCGAUCGGCCAUCUGCCCGGGUUUAACGAGUCGUACGGUCCGAUGCAUGCCGUCGCGUGGGACGCAGAGAUGGCCGACCUGUGCCGGAUGAACCUGAACACGUGCCGCUUCGCGCACGACAAGUGCCGCGGCACGCUGCGCUUCCCGUACAGCGGCCAAACGCUCGGCAAGCUGACCAAGUGUGUGGCGCCGAAGAAUGUGGACGAUCUGCAGAUCCGGGUCCUCCCGCACGUCAUCCUGCAUCUGAUCGACCGGUGGUACCUGGAGCACGAGGUGACGCACCCAGCGGACGUGAAGCACUACUCGCAGCAUUCGUCGUCGCGCAAGUUCCAAAUCGGACACUUUCUGCAGCUAAUCAACUGCAACGUCUGCCGCAUGGGCUGCUCGCUCGUCUCCUACCGGGAGCAUCGCAAGGGCCUGGUGUGCGACACGUACAUCCUCUGCUGCAACUAUUCCUACAUCAACAUCGUCAACCGGCCGAUCUGCAACGUGAAUCGGUACGAGCGGAGCUGCAAAAGGGACCACCAGUUUCCCGGCCUCUGUGAGCAGUGUCACCUCUAGGCGCCAAGGGUGAUAUCACACAACCAACAAAGCAAAAAAAAAUCAACACACAUCGGACUACGCUCAAACAUA